AUGCAAGAAAAAUGCUCAUUUAGCUUUCCAGCAUGCUUAUCAAUAUUAUAUACAGCAGUAGGUGUUAUUGCUCUUGCGUUAUCUAUGCGAUUGUUUCCACAUAAAGAGACUGUAAUUGAUAAAAUUCCAUUUUACAAUUGGAAUGACACAAAAUGGAAAUCAGGAAAUACAUUUGAUGAGUUAGGAUCAAUGCAGAAUUAUGAAGUUAAAUUUCAUGGAAAAUUUGAAGAUUAUGUUGUAUAUUCUUAUAAAGUACCACUUCAAGAAACAACUCCUCGAUAUACAAUAAUAAAAGAUGCAUACCUUGGUCCUGAUGGUAGAAUCUACAAAGAUUGGUGUGGAUUUCCUCAGGAACAUCGAUUUAUUACCUUCGAUUCAGUAAAUUACUCAACAAAACCUACACGUAAUAUCAGAUAUUUCGACUCUGCAAUUGCAUUCCCGAUAUAUGAUAUACUUUCAGAGCCUUGCAUUUAUACUUUACUAUUUCCGAUAUUAAAUUCGGUUCCCACAUCCGAAAUCCAGGGGCGACGAUUUUUCAUUAACAGAUAUAUUAGUGAUAUCGAGCUAAUACUUCCAAAAUUCGGAAUGAAUUUUACACAUCAAGUUUUUUCGCAAUUUGGAUGGGUCCAUGCCAAAGAUCUCCUUGUUCUAGAACCACCUCAAGAUGAUUUCCUAAUUGACAACACAUUCAGGGCUUUCAGCGAAAAAAUUAAAAGUCAUAAACCUGGCGAGUUGUUUAACCAAAACAAAAUAGCUCUAAACGUUGAAGGUGAUGAUCCUCUUAACAAAAUGCAUGAUAUUUACUCAACAUUGAAAUCAUCUUCAGAUAAAUUUGAAAACGUUUCAGUUCCAAUACAUAUGCUCGAAAGAAUGGAUAUAUUUAGAGAUUUUGGAGUUUUUGUAUCAUUCAAUUCUGACAAUCUCCAUUUACUUCAGUUUAUGAAACCAAAUUCUCUUGCAAUCAUUAUCCAAUCGCCAGAUAAUUUCUUGAAAUACAUUCCUCUCGCUAGAGCAGCAGGUGUUCGGGUCCAUUGUAUUUCUUAUGAUGAAGUUGAUAUUGCUUCAACAAUUAUCCAAAUUUUGAAGGAUGAGAAUGUUAUUUAA